AUGAUAAUCAUAUGCUGUUAUAAUAUCCCUCAUUUCCAACCUUAUUAUCUCAGGAGAGAGAAAAUAGUAUUACUGAAACCCUCCGAUCUGUUUUCGAAAUAUCUCAUCAUCCAAUUUCAAAGUUUUGGGGAAAAAGGGAAAGUUAUGUCGUCUCUCAGCAGAGAGCUUGUGUUUUUAAUACUUCAAUUUCUAGAUGAAGAGAAAUUUAAAGAAACCGUUCACAGGUUGGAGCACGAGUCUGGAUUCUUCUUCAAUAUGCGCUACUUUGAGGAAAUGGUGACAAAUGGUGAAUGGGAUGAGGUGGAAAAAUACCUCUCUGGAUUUACAAAGGUUGAUGAUAACAGAUACUCAAUGAAGAUCUUCUUUGAAAUACAAAAGCAGAAAUACCUAGAAGCUCUAGAUAAGAAGGAUCGUUCUAAAGCUGUUGAAAUUCUAGUCAAGGACUUGAAAGUUUUCUCAGCCUUUAAUGAAGACCUUUUUAAAGAAAUAACACAACUUUUGACUCUAGAGAACUUCAGAGACAACGAACAAUUAUCCAAAUAUGGAGACACAAAGUCCGCGAGGGGUAUAAUGUUGGGUGAGCUUAAAAAGUUGAUUGAAGCAAAUCCCCUUUUUCGUGAAAAGUUAACUUUUCCAAGUCUAAAGAAUUCAAGACUUAGGACACUCAUCAAUCAGAGUUUAAACUGGCAACAUCAGCUAUGCAAAAACCCGAAGCCGAAUCCAGAUAUAAAAACUCUUUUUAUUGAUCAUUCUUGUGGUCAAUCACAGCCAAAUGGUGCAAGAGCCCCAUCCCCUGUUACCAAUCCAUUAAUGACCAAUGUACCAAAGCCUGCAGGGUUUCCACCUUUGGGUGCUCAUGGUCCUUUUCAGGCUGCACCACCACCUAUGGCAACUUCUAUGACUGGUUGGAUGACAAAUCCAGCUGGCGUGCCUCAUCCUUCAGCUUCAGCUGGCCCUAUUGGUUUUGCUCCACCUAAUAAUGCUGCUAUGUUAAAGCGACCCAGGACUCCUCCUGCCAACAAUCCAGCUGUAGACUAUCAAACUGCUGACUCUGAACAUGCAUUCAAGAGAACAAGAGCAUUUGGCAUAUCUGAUGAAGUUAAUCAUAUGCAUGGAAAUAUCUUACCCAUUGCUUAUGGUGGUCAAAGUCAUGGUCAAAGCUCAAGCUCCUAUUCAUCUGAUGAUCUACCUAAAGCUGUGGUGAUGAACUUAAAUCAGGGGUCAAUGGUUAUGAGUAUGGAUUUUCAUCCUGUACAGCAAAUUCUGCUUCUUGUUGGAACAAUCUCUGGAGAAAUUAUGAUAUGGGACUUAGGUAGCAGGGAGAAGCUUGUUCAGAAGGAUUUCAAGGUUUGGGAUCUUGGUGUUUGUUCAAUGCCCCUUCAGGCAUCUUUGACCAAUGAGAAUACUGCAUCAGUCAAUCGUGUAACUUGGAGCCCUGAUGGAGCCCUUUUUGGUGUUGCAUACUCGAGGAAUAUUGUACAGAUAUAUUCUUAUCAUGGUGGUGAUGAUCUACGAAACCACUUGGAGAUUGAGGCUCAUGGUGGCAAUGUUAAUGAUCUUGCUUUCUCUUAUCCAAACAAGCAACUUUGUAUUGUAAGUUGUGGAGAUGACAGGUUGAUAAAGGUAUGGGAUGCAGUAACAGGGGCUAAACAGUAUACAUUUGAGGGUCAUGAAGCACCUGUAUAUUCUGUAUGUCCACAUUUUAAGGAAAACAUUCAGUUUAUUUUCUCAACAGCAACGGAUGGCAACAUAAAGGCAUGGCUGUAUGACAAUAUUGGUUCAAGAGUGGACUAUGAUGCGCCAGGUCAUUCAUCCACCAGAAUGGGAUACAGUUGUGAUGGGACAAGGCUAUUUUCAUGUGGGACAAAUAAAGAAGGGGAAUCUUUUAUUGUGGAAUGGAAUGAAAGUGAAGGUGCUGUAAAACGUACAUAUAAUGGGCUUGGUAAACGAGCUAUGGGAUUUGUGCAGUUUGAUACUACAAAAAACCGAUUUAUUGCUGCUGGUGAUGAGGGUGUGGUUAAGUUUUGGGAUAUGGAUAAUGUUAACUUGUUGACAACAAUUGAUGCCGAGGGUGGUUUAUCGGCUUCUCCUUUUAUACGGUUUAACAAGGAAGGAAUUCUAUUAGCUGUUUCAACAAGUGAGAAUGGAAUCAAAAUUCUAGCAAAUCAAGAUGGGGUUAGAUUACUAAGAACAAUGGAGAAUCGUUCUUUCGAUGCCUCCAGAGUCACAUCCGCAUCUUCCAUGAAGGGACUGACUGCAAUGAUGCCAACAUUUGGUGGUGCUAAUGCACCUGGUGGACCAAGCAUGAUGGAAAGAGUUCCCCCAAUGCCCUCCAUGGUCAUGAUGAGUGGCGAGAGUCGGAAUCUGGUAGAUAGGCAAAGAAUUGGAGAUGAGGCCAUGGAAAAAUCUAGAAAUUUGAAAGUGACAGAAAUCUCUGAACCAUCACAGUGUCGAUCCUCAAGGCUUCCAGAUGAUACAUCUUCUGCAAUGCGGGUUACAAGAUUGAUAUACACUAAUUCAGGAGUUGCGGUCUUAGCUCUAGCAGCAAAUGCUGUCCAUAAAUUAUGGAAAUGGCAGAGAAAUGACCGUAAUUCAACUGGGAAGGCAACUGCUAGUGUACUACCUCAAUUAUGGCAACCAGUGAGUGGUAUAUUGAUGACAAAUGAUAUCAGUGAAACAAACCCUGAAGAUGCCACUGCAUGCUUUGCAUUAUCAAAGAAUGACUCCUAUGUUAUGUCUGCUUCUGGUGGAAAGAUUUCUUUGUUCAAUAUGAUGACCUUCAAGACUAUGACUACAUUCAUGCCCCCUCCACCCGCAGCAACCUUUCUGGCAUUCCAUCCACAAGAUAACAAUAUUAUUGCCAUAGGCAUGGAGGACUCUUCAAUCCAAAUAUACAAUGUCCGAAUUGAUGAGGUGAAAACCAAACUUAAAGGCCAUCAUAAAAGAAUAACAGGCCUAGCCUUCUCUAAUGUCCUUAAUGUGUUGAUAUCUUCUGGUGCUGAUUCUCAGUUGUGUGUGUGGAGCACGGACGGAUGGGAGAAGCAAAUAAGCAAACAAUUACAAAUUCCAGGAGGGAGAGUCCCUGCUGCCCAUGCUGAUACACGUGUCCAGUUCCACCAAGAUCAAACUCACUUGCUAGUUGUUCAUGAAUCCCAGAUUGCCAUUUUUGAAGCACCUAAACUAGAUUGCCUAAAACAGUGGGGCCCACGUGAGGCAAGUGGUGCAAUCACACAUGCUACCUACUCAUGCGAUAGUCAAUCAAUAUAUGUAACUUUUGAAGAUGGAAGCAUCGAUAUUUUAACAGCAUCAACACUCAGAUUACGUUGUCGCAUCAGUUCCACCGCUUACCUCCCUACAAAUCCAAAUUCAAGGGUGUAUCCACUUGUUAUUGCUGCACAUCCAUCUGAACCCAACCAGUUUGCUUUGGGACUUACUGAUGGCGGUGUAUGUAUAAUCGAGCCGCUUGAGUCCGAAGGGAAAUGGGGCGGAUCGCCGGCGGUUGAAGGUGGUGCGGGGCCAAGUGCUGCUGCUGGUGGAGGUGGUGGUGCGAAUACAACUAACUGAUGGAAUCAAACUCAGAGGUAGGGCCGAAGGGUGUUUCUGACUUUUUUUUUUUUUUUUAUUUGAGCAAGAUGAAAGGUUUAGAGGUAGGUGAUGGUUAUUCCGGAAAGAUAGUGUUAUAGAGUUUAUAGAAUAGACACAAUAUCAACAUCUGUCUGUAGUCAGAGAUGUUGGUAUUUUAUUACCUUUAGAAUUAGUAGUAGGAAGAGUUUCGUUUGUAAAGUUUUAACAACUACAAGGGCUGGUUUUGGGCAAAUCCCAUUCUCAUGCUCUCUUCCGUC